AUGGACUACUACGACAACAUCACCGACUACAACGGGACUUCAAACUCCACUGAAAAUCAUAAUGACAGCAUGGACGAGUUUAGGAUUGAAGACUGGGUAGAAGUCUCCCUCUACUCGGUCGCCUUCUUCGUCGGCGGUCCCCUCAACAUCAUCUCCUUCGUCCGUCUCGUCAAGGCAUUACGGAGACUGAAGCACCCCUCCCCAAUUUUGCUCCUUCGGCUGAACCUCAACAUUGCCGACCUGUUCACGCUGUUCCUCUACGUGCCCAAGCAGAUCAUAUGGCUGAUAGCGCAGCAGUGGUACGGUGGGGACGUGCUCUGCCGGCUGUGCGCCUUCUUCUCGACGUUCUGCUUCUACCUGCACUCGUUCGUGAUCGCGUGCAUCGCGAUAGAUCGACUGAUGGGAGCGUGGAAUAUUAACUCGGUUUCCGGCUGCCGUCGAGCGUACACACGCGUAUCUCGGCUGCUCUUCGCCUCGUGGCUCCUCGCCACGAUUCUAGCCCUGCCGCAGACGCUGAUCUUCAAGGUGUACGAGAACAUCGGGAUGUUGGACCAGAAUAUUACGCAAUGCGCCUCGUUCUGGAUGAAGGCGCGCUACGACGCGAACAACAUCUUCUUGGACCCGGAUAUCUCGGACAUGUUCAAGACGCAGGUAGCGAUGGAGAUGCAGCUCCUCAUCCUCUACGAGCGAUGGUAUUCCGUUGCUCAUCUCGUGUUCAACUUCGUGCUCCCGACGAUGACCAUCUUUUUCUCGUACACGACGCUGCUCUUCGUCCUCAAGGGGUUCAUUAAAGUUGGUGCUCAAGUCGUUGCUGAUCCGGGUUCACCAAGGAGGAACAGUCAGCAAACACUGCAGGGGGACCUCCACGAUGAUGUGUCGUCACUGGGAAUGUCGAAGGGUGAUGGCACUGAAGUCUCGAUGAGCAUGGAUGACAUGCGCCCAAAACGCCCGAAAAAGAAAGAGCAGCGCGCCUUCAUCACCCCGUUUGCGGCCGGGAAGAUUGCCAAGGCGAGAAAGGAAGCCAAGCGACAAGCAGCUCUGAUUCUUCUCGCUUUCCUCGUCUGCUGGAGCCCCUACUAUGUGAUGUCAAUUUUGAAGGUGGCCGGCGUAUUCCACAACUCGCUAAACCAAUAUGAAUUCCUGAACAGCCUCAUCACUGCCAAUCCCAUCAUCAACCCAAUUAUCUAUGGUGUCUUUAGGGCUGUA